AGAAGAGCAAACAAAAAGGAAACACAAUGGUGAACUUGGUAGAGUCACCAAAACCAAUGCUGUACGGCCUCAUGAAAUUAGCCGGCGUUAUUCCAUACACCGUAGAGAUGGAACCAGGGACAAAGAUGAACUUCUGGAUCCCCAAAGAAACCCUUAAAGCCCCCAAAAAAUCCGACAGAACCUCUGACGUGAAACCCAAGAAACCUACUAAACCAGCCAUUUUGUUCAUCCACGGCUUUGCAGCCGAAGGGAUCGUGACGUGGCAAUUCCAGGUCAGAUCACUAGCCAAAAAGUACUCAAUCUAUAUACCAGACCUCCUCUUCUUCGGUGGAUCCUAUUCAGAUAAACCGGAUAGGUCACCAGCAUUUCAAGCCCACUGUUUGAUCAAGUCUCUUCGUAUCCUUGGAGUGGAUGAGUUUGUCCUUGUAGGCUUUAGUUACGGUGGAAUGGUGGCUUUCAAGAUCGUGGAAAAGUACCCUGAGAUGGUUAAAGCCAUGGUGGUGUCAGGUUCGAUUCUCGCGAUGACUGAUACAAUCAGUGAGUCAAAUUUGAAUCGGAUAGGGUUUAAGUCAUCUGUGGAUCUUCUGUUACCAACUUCGGUUAAGGGACUCAAGACUCUUUUUGCCCUUUCUGUUCAUAGACCCAUGUGGUUCCCGAACCGUCUUUUCAAGGAUUACAUUGAGGUGAUUGAUACCAAUAGAAAGGAAAAAGCAGAACUGUUAGAAGGUUUGGUCACCAGCAGCAACGAAGAUGUGACCAUCCCUCGUUUACAACAGAAAAUUCAUCUCUUGUGGGGCGAAAGUGAUAAACUUUUUAAUCUUGAAAUGGCCAAGAACAUGAAGGAGCAACUAGGCGAAAAUGCAACAAUGGAUAGUAUAAAAAAGGCAGGUCACUUGGCACAUUUGGAGAGACCUUGUGUAUAUAAUAAACACCUCAAAAAGUUUCUUACUGCAGUUUACUCUGGAAACUAAAUUGGAUGUAAUUGACUUGACACAUGAUUCUCGAUAUCAAAUUUGUGUUAUUUUUCUUUGUUUUCUUUACUCUUCCUAUUUCAAAA